GUACGACUCAUUUCGUUCAAGUCAAGCAGGUAGGAAGCUUUGAGGACGAAAAAAAAAAAAAAAACGUUUUUAGUCAUGUUGCUGUUUUCACAAUCGACGCGCAGACUCGUGGUACUCAUGCGUUUUUUGCAGCUCCCAUAUUCUUCAGUUCGCCAAGAAGCACCGCACCGGAUGUACUUCCAUCGGCUGUAUACCAACCAAGGAGGGAGGCGUUCUCUUCAUAAAGCAAGAACCCGCUGACGAAAUGAUUACUAAAUGUUAAUGUAUGGUCUAUAGGUACAGACACACCUUAUUGGAAUUUAAAAAUCCUCUCUAUACUGCAUGAGUUGCCAGAGAUAUUUCGACGAAUUGAGCGGUCUUAAAUGUACCAAGACGUUCCUAGAUUUUCGUGAUAGUGACGUGGAAAUGUUUAAUCAAAGAGCAGGUACGGGUUACAGGAAUGGCAAGUUCGCCACCUGUUCUCGAGGCGGGCUGUUAUGCCAAGUGUGACAGCUCACAUGAAAAUGGUAAAUGAUCCGAUUCAAAAUAACAAUUAGAAGCAACCUAAUACUUUCACCAUGGAAGGCGGAAUAGCGAUUGUUUUGAUAUCCGUCGCUAUGUUUUUUGGAUGUUUUUUACUAGGAUUGAUUCCACUUUUGAUCAAACUUUCUGAGCAAAAGCUGCAUUUUGUCACAGUCUUGGGGGCAGGACUCCUGUGUGGCACAGCACUGGCCAUCAUUAUUCCAGAGGGCGUGGAGUUGCUGGAGGAGUCAUGGAGAGCGCCUUCCUGCUCUCUUGCAUUAGCCAACAACAACAGCAACCCCAAGGGCCUGGAGCCCCUCCCAGUCAAGGGGCCCCCAGCGCGCUUCUUCAUUGGCCUGUCUUUAGUGGUCGGCUUCACCCUUAUGUUUGUGGUUGACCAAAUUGGCAGCUACUGCUCUAUACAUGACCCACAGACCGGCAUGUCCAAUAGCACCAGUAUAACGGCCACACUAGGGCUGGUUAUGCAUGCGGCAGCUGACGGUGUAGCACUCGGUGCUGCUGUCGCGUCCUCUGAAGUAACGGUUCAGGUCGUCGUGUUUCUGGCUGUGAUUCUGCACAAGGCUCCUGCGGCAUUUGGCUUGGUCUCCUUUUUGAUGCACGCAGGCUUCGAGAGAAAACAGAUCCAAAAGCAUCUUCUAGCUUUCUCAGCUGCAGCACCUGUGCUCGCCAUCAGCACUUAUUUCAUAUUGACUGCGACUGGAGGGUCGUCACGGCACCAUCUUAGCGCCACGGGGAUUGGAAUGCUCUUCUCCGCUGGGACAUUUCUGUAUGUGGCCACGGUACACGUCCUCCCAGAGAUUAGCAACAGGGGGCAGCAGCGCGGCCCUCCCCACACCAGGACAGGAUCCUACCAGCACGGGGGUGGGCUGGGGGUCAUGGAGAGCCUCACCCUCAUCCUGGGAGCUGGGCUCCCUGUGUUACUGGCUCUGGGGCUUCAUGAUGACUGAUGUUUACACAAAGCAAAACUGACCUUGCACACCGAGUGCAGUAUUUGUUUUAAGAGUCUAUGUAUUUGAUGCAGUGUUAGCGUGAAUACGAAGUGUAAGAAAAGGUUAUCUGCAAGGUCCUCUCGAUCGAUCAUAUUUUAUAUAUUGCCUGAGCUUGGCUGUAGCCUGGAUGAGAGAGAACAUGACCUUGAAUGUGCAAUACAUGGAAUCACAAUUCUCAUAGCUGUUUACUAACAAAUGGAGGGCUCAUAACUGAACUAACGUUUUGUAUUAGUUAGCUGAACAUUUGGGAGUGUUUAUAAUAUUUUGGCUGCACUGUUGCCCUGAACAUGAUAUUCUAUAUACAGAUAUGCUUAAGAUAUCAAAGUAAUAUAAAGUAAUAUGAAAGGAUAUUGACAUGAGCAAUAAUUGGAUAGCAAAUAAGUCAAAUAAGGAACAUUUACCUUGUAUUUGUUUAUUUAAUUGACUGAACAGUACUGUAAUGAUCAAUACUGAAAACAAGUGAUCUGAGAAAUGUUAGACCAAAUUUGACAUUACACUCAAAUUUCCACCCCUGUUAAAGAAUGUCAGUAGGUUAGAUUAAUGAAUAGUGACACGUUAAUAGAUAAUCGCUGUUUUGAAACAACAUAUCCAUUAUAACCUGAUUUGUUCCCUUAUUAAUGUCUGUGACAUCAUUGUUGAGGUCAGUGGAUCAACAAAUACCUCAUUAUGUGAUACUUUUUUGGCAUAAAAUGUAAAUGGCUUGAUCUCGAAUUGGGGCUUAAACAAGCUUAGGAGUGUUUCUCCUGAACACAUGGGGGCAACAAGGUGUUAAGUUACAGAAAACACUGGUGUAAAAAACUAUUUUUUCAGAAUUUGUUUUGUUUACAAUACAAAAGUGUGGAAAAAUA